AUGAUAAUCACUUUACUUUUGACUCUCAUAUGAACUAAAGCAAAAAGCCAAGCUUUAGACAGUAUUGGAACUCUUUGACCUGUGGGAGGUCUUCCCCUUUACAAUUCAUAUACUUCAACUUCUGAAAUUUCUGAUUACACUUUUCUUUUCCAGCCUGAUCAUACCAUUCCUUCAGGAGGGCAAUUAUACGUCACAUUUCCUGAUCAAUUUUCAUUAGGACUUGGAGUUUCCUCACCAAUCUGCAAUUUGGGCACUUGCUCAAUAUUUAAACGAACAGUGACUAUAAUAGUCAAUUCGUAUAUAACAGCAGGAAUUUCGAAUGCCCUCAUUAUAUAUGGCGUGAAAAACCCUAGCCAAGUUGGAGGAACUGGAAAUUUUCAAUUGGAAUCUUGGAACGGGAAUAAUCUGCUAGAUAUGAACCAAGUGUUUGGCGUUAUCGGAAUUUCAGGAAAUUUUGACCAAAUUAUUUCAGGAACUGCAAGUAUUCAGAGUGGAGGCAGCUCAAAUGCAGGAGACAUUACUCGCUAUGACUUUACUUUUAAAUUAAGUAGUGUUCUUGGAGCAUGAGAUUGGCUGAGGUUCACAUUUCCAGAUGACGGGUAUGAUCUAGCGAAAUUUCCUUCAUGCCUUUCUGUAGAUAUGGAAGGAAACAGCAUUUCUGGAGUCUUCAGCUGUAUUUCAUUUGGAAAUCAAGUAACUGUCACUGGGAUUGACCAAAAUUUAGCUGCGAGCACUGAGUAUGCUAUGAGAAUUGCUGCAAAGAAUCCUCCACAAUCAGGCUUAACUGGCACUUUCACUAUUGAAUCAGGAAGAAAUUAUACGAACAUUGUGUACGAAAGGAUAACUGGCCUCACAGGGGUCACUAUUCUUCCAGGUAGAAUAACAGAAAUAACUUUAAAGCCAAACAACACCAAUUGGUCACUUACAAAAAAUAAAGUAAUUUUAUACAAUUUGCAAUUUCUGUUGAGAAAUCCUAUAGAACAAGGAGGAACGAUCUUAAUAAUAUGCUCGACAGAUUUUAAUAUGGAUGGACUCAGCAUUUGGUCCAGCACAAAUAGGACCUCGGGACCCCCACCCCCAUAUACAUAGCUUUUUGUAGAAUAUUUAAUAGUUUAAGCCUAAGUGAAGGAACUAAAGUUUUAUACUCUAAACUAUAGCUCAUACCCCUUUAUAGAUCCCUUUAUCGAGCAAAGUGUACUUGACUAUUGAAAGACCAAAACAGACUCUCUCAAAGAGAUGAGCUCAAUCUCUAUAUCAGAAAGUUCUAAAAAGUGGCAUGCCAAAAAAUAGUGGCAAGUGUGAAAAAAGUUGGUAAGCAAACACGCAAAUUUUUAAAAAUGGCUUUAUUAAUAAAAUAAUUUAAAAACUUAACAUACCCAAUUAGACUGGAAUUGAUUAAUAAUUAAAAAAUCUAUUUUUUCAGGCCUUAAUUAAUGAUAAUUAUAAUAAUAAAUGCUACAUAUAAAUUUUAAUAGAUUUAAUAUUUUUGGUUAUUUGUUUAUGUAAAAGUGCUUGAGAUAAAUUUAUAGAAAUGAGUUUAAAAAUGCAAGUGGGGAACUUCCCGAGUAAACGGUUGUAUAGAUCUUCAAGUGCUAUAACCCCAGUAAGCAUAUCAAUCAAAAACUCUAGUAGGAUCCUGACUUAAGUGAUUAUAAAGAUGGAGUCCAUUAUGAAAUAAAUUGUCAAAAGUGAAAAUGCAAAGGGGGAACUUCCCGAGUAAACGGUUGUAUAGAUCUCCAAGUGUUAUAACUCCAGUAAGCAUAUCGUGCAAAAACUCCAGUAGGAUUUUGAUUUAACUCCCUCCUUUAAAAUUGGACCAAAUAUUUGUUCCAAUUUAAAAGAAGGGUUAAGAAAAUUUUUUAUAAAAAAAAUCAAUAUAAAAUUCUUAUUAAAAAAAUCAAUAUAAAAUUCUUAUAAAAAAAAAUUAAAAAAUGUGUCGAAUUAGAUUAAUAAAUUUCUAGAAAAUUUAUCGAUCAAAGUGUUAAUUUUGUUUAAUUAAGUGGCUAUUUAUACUCUUUUGCUAAAAUAAAGCAAGAAAUAAAGUAGAUUUUCAAUUUUUUGUAAAGAAUUCGCAUUAAAUUUUUAUCAAAAUUAUCUAACUCCCCCCCCCCCUCCGUGAGCGAACAAAACCAUUAGAAAAAUCGCCAUUUUUUGACCAAAAACCCACCCUCCGUGAGUGAACAAAAAUUUUUUUAAUAGAAAAAAUUUUAAUGGAAAAAAAUUUUGAUAUAUAAGUGAUAAUUAGUAUAAUGAAAUCUAGAGCUAAUUCUGUUUAAUUUUAAACAAAUUGCGUUUUAAAACAUAAAUUUUGCAAAUUAAAUUAAUAUUUGCUUCCCAAUUUUUGCAAAUUAGGAUUUUUUAAAUUUCGAAAAAAAUAUUUUUUAUAAAAUUUAUAUAUAAAUUUUUUUUAAAAAAAAAAAUUAACCCCCUCCGUGAGCGAACAAAAUUUUUUUGUUCGCUCACGGAGGGGGGGGGGAGUAAAUAAAAAAUAUAAUCCCUUGGCUUAAUUUCUUAUGGCAGUAAUACACACUAUUUUCAUAUGAAAUUUAAAUUAUUAAUUUGGCGCACUAAAAUCUGCGUUUUGAAACGUAUAUUUGGUUUCUAAAUAAUAAAUUCAAAUAACAUCAUAUGCAUGAUAAGAUAAGAAAUAAAUGCAAUAAAUUAUAUUUUUUGUUUUUUAAAAAUUUUUAAAAAUAAAAUUAAAUUUUUAAAAAUAUAGCAAUUAAAGAUAAUAAAUGUAUUUAAAUAAAAAGCUCUCUAUGUUCUUUUCUUUAAAAAAGAGCAAGAUAUAACUAAAUUUUUUAAUUUUAGUUAAGAAGAAACAUUUAACUUAUACCGAAACUUUUUACAUAUAAAAAUUAUGAUUUUUAUCUAUACAAUUUUUUAUUAUAAAAUUGAAUUUUGUUUCAAUUUAAGCGAUUAUAAAGAUAGAGUCCAGUAUGGAAGAAAUUGCACCUGAACUUUUAAAUUGAGAAUGCAAAGGAGGAACUUCUUGAGUAAACGGUUGAAUAGAUCUCCAAGUGCUAUAACUCCAGUAAGCAUAUCAAUCAAAAACUCCAGUAGAAUCUUAACUUAUGUAAAUCCAAAGAUAAUCCAUAGUCAAAUCUACAUGUAGAUAUUAUUUUAUUAAAUCAUUUAACGAAAGAGAUGAAUAAUUAAUUAUCUUAAGUCUAAUCGAAUUUGCUUACCAACUUUUUUCACACUUGCCACUAUUUUUUGGCAUGCCACUUUUUAGAACUUUCUGAUAUAGAGAUUGAGCUCAUCUCUUUGAGAGAGUCUGUUUUGGUCUUUCAAUAGUCAAGUACACUUUGCUCGAUAAAGGGAUCUAUAAAGGGGUAUGAGCUAUAGUUUAGAGUAUAAAACUUUAGUUCCUUCACUUAGGCUUAAACUAUUAAAUAUUCUACAAAAAGCUAUGUAUAUGGGGGUGGGGGUCCCGAGGUCCUAUUUGUGCUUGACCAAGCAUUCAGCAAGUUUUAUACGGCCUUGAUGAUAUAUCGUCCUCAAAUACUGUGACUUUAUCAUAUAGCACAACCACAAAAAUCUUAACUCUCAGCAACUUUGCAGCAUUUACUCCAAAAUUGAUAUCGAUAAUUUUUCAGCUGACAAAUCCUAGUACAGCUGGAAGCACUGUGCCAUUAAUUAUUCGGACGAUGAAAGCUGAUGGGAGAACUGUAAUUGAUGAAAACUCUGAUGACGCUUAUGUGACUAUAUUAGACUAUUCGUCACCUACAGGAGUGAGCGUGUCUUACCCAGGAGCAACUACUAAUCAAGCAACUGGUGCCAAUACUCAAAUCCAAAUAGACAUGUUCCCACAAGUAGAAAUUCCACAAUUAGGGUGGAUUACUAUCAAUAUCCCUUAUGGGUUUGUAAUACCUACAGCUUCACCUACAUGUCAAGUCAAGCCCACAAAUAUGCCGCUACAAGCAGCAAAUGCAUGCACAUAUAAAGAUGGGGUAGUCACUCUGCAACUUUAUCCAGACUCAGGCACUACUAUAACUGGGAAAUUCCUAGCCACAGUAGAUUCUUAUAUUUUGAUUACAACAAUAACUGCUCCAUAUGCGUCAGGGGACUAUAUUUUUGAUUUCAAUACUUAUAGUGAAGUAUGGACUUUUCUUGAAAGUGGCUCUGGAACUGCAACAAUGGCGGCUUCUACUUUAACUCCACUAUCAAGUAAUGUUGUGCAUGCGGGAAUAGAUACAGAAACCAUUAUGUCACUGCAGUUUACAACCCAAAAAUAUAUUCCGUCUGGGCAAACUCCUUACGCAACGGUAGACAUGCAAGGAUUAAUAGAAAUUCAAUUUCCUUCAAUGUCUGGAGGAAAUAAUUUAUUCAGAACUAAUCUAGGACUUGGAAUAUCCCAAGGAGGGAAUGUUCCUUGCAAAGUCUUUUCUGGGUUAACUCCAGCAAGGUCAGGAGUUGAUAUUCAAUGUCUGCUAACUGUUUUGCCAUCUUCUGCAUCAGCAAGUACUCCUGCUAUCGUCACUAUUUCAGAAUUCGCUGAAGUUCAGCCUGGUACUUCUAUUAUAGUCCAUUUUGCAGGGCUAUUAUACGUCCAAACAGCAAAUGCCCCGACAAUUGUAGUAACAACUUACCAAAAUAACAACCGUAUACGAUACAACUUAGAAACUGGUAGCGUCACCUUAACAGCAGGAAACACAGCUCCAGCUUCUAAUUCUAUAUCCGUCACAUACACAAAUUCAAACUCUACUGUAAACGCUACUAAUUCCUUGACAAUAAACUCGUUCACCACAACAAGUGCUACAGGUGCAACAAGUCCUUACAUUUUGUUAAGAUUUAACCCCACCCAUGAUAAAGGAUACUGCUAUUAUUCAGCAGGCAUCACUUGCCAAGUAGGUGGCACAUCGUAUAGUUGUGUUUGCUAUCCUAAAAUAGACAUGGUAUUAAUUUAUUUAUCGGCUUCUUUGGCAGCCGGCACCAGGAGUAUUGUGAUAUCAGGAUUAGUAAACCCUGAUUCAGUAUCUACAAGCUCAGACGCGAUUUAUGCAUAUACAAUAGGAAGCUCUGCAAUAGUUCAGCACAUCACAUUUUCGUCAACUCUCCCAUGGCUUGGCUCAGGGACUAUGUACAAUUACAUGAUUGUCCCUCACGAAUAUGGGCAAGGCUAUGUUGCCACAACUUAUGAGUUCAAUAUGAUGAUGCAGCACAAUAUUCCUUCUGAUGGUAGAUUUUCUAUCACUUUUCCCUCAUCAUUUUCUAUAUCAAGUUCAGACCCUCAACCAACAUGCACUUUUUGGUAUUCAGUUCCUGAUGUAGAAACUCCAUGCAUAAUUUCAGGAAAUCAAUUGACUUUUUAUAGCUUUGGGUUUGUUGGAGCAUUUAAAUUUAUUGUAGCUAAAGUGAUUGGAGUAAAAAAUCCAGCAGUUUCAAGCAUUUCAGGAUUUCAAUUUAUUACCUAUAACUCGGCAGGAAGAGUGAUUGAUCAGUACACUGUAUCUGAUAUUAUUUAUUUGCAAAGCGCGUGGACCCCAGAGAUAAUUUCUUAUGUAGAUAUUGAAAAUAGCCCAACUAAUGCUAAUGCAACUGCUGUUUAUACGUUUACGUUUAGCCCAUCAUAUAAGCUUUGGGCUGGUGGGCUAAUUCAAAUUGAUUUUCCUUUGGCUAAUUUUGGCGUUCUUCCAGAAAAGCCUAUAUGCAGAAUGAGGGGAGAGAUUAUUUAUUAUGAGACUUGCAAAGGAUAUGGGUCAUCAAUUUUAGUUACAAUGUCCCAAGACGCGUUAGCAUACCAAAUUAUAUUAUCAAUCACUGGGAUAAGAAAUUUUUUUCAGUCUAAAAGUGACCCCUUUACUAUAAAAACUAUAUAUGAUGGAGUAGUAUUGCAAACAACAGACUCCAGUGUAACUGAAAGUGUUUUAGUUAAUACAACUUCUCAAGCACCUACAUUAAAAGUAAAUGAAAUUAAUUUUUACCCACAAAAUGAAGGAGAAAUUGCAACAUAUACUUUUGUUUUUACCCCUAAUAUAGAUAUUUCGGCAGAUGCUGAAAUAAGAAUUACCUUCCCAGAAGAAUAUGAUAAAAGGCUAGGAGACAGCUUUAAGUGCUAUAGUACUGGACUUAAUGGAGUUUUAAGUUGUGCAAAUUCACAUUCCUAUGUGAUAUCUAUAACAGGGUUUGAGUAUUUCCCAUCUUGCUUAACAUGCCAGAUUUCUUUAUCAAUCUAUGGUAUCAUAAAUCCAAAUUACCAUUCAUCAACUCAGACUGGCGAAUUUUGGAUCGGAAUCAUUACAGGUGACUCUUACCAGGAACUUAAUGAAUAUUCAGGGAAACUUACUCUAUCAGCUGCUCCUGGGUAUAAUGAUGUAGUUCAUACCACGACUCUAUACCCAUAUGCUAGAUUUGUAAGUUACUACACCUUUAAUAUGACGACUUCCAAUUAUAUCCCAACUACUGAAAAUGGAGGAGCUAUAUGGGUAAGGUACCCUAAAGAUUACGACUUAUCAGAAGCUUCAGUUCAUUGCAGAUCAAGCUCAUAUUGGGCACUUGGUGUCCCAGAUUGCAAUUUGUACUAUGAUGUCAUGAUUGCGAAUGCUCAAACGACAAAAUAUUCAGGAUUUCUAAUGCUUUAUCAUGAUGAUGUCCCAAACCCCAAUUUCUCUGGGCUAGCUAGGCAAAUAACAGUCGAGACCUUUGAUGGAGGGAACUCAAUUAUAGUUGAUAGGUCAUAUCCAAAUUUAAACCCAAGCCGGUUUAAUUUCUACUAUAAUGGCCCCUUGAUUAUAGUAAAUAACAAUAAUGAUUUUCAGGUUACCUCAGGGACGAUGUCUACCUUUAUCCCUGUGUCAUUUAAUUAUCCAGCUGCGCUAAAUUUGACAUUAAUUCCUUCUUGUGAUGGGUUUUCUUUCAUUCCAGGAAGAAUUGAUGUGCAAAUUGGCGAAAUAUAUAAGACUUUCAGGAUAAGUGUCCCACCUUCUAUGACAGAAGGAAGAUAUAGCAUUAAGUGGACUACUAAUGGUGAAAUAACCCCUCCUUACUAUACCCCACUUUUACAGACCUAUUUUAACGUGACGAGUAGUCCUUUGGCAAAUAUUUCUAUUGAAGAUAUUGUUCCGAUCCCUGUAGGAGGCACAUCUCUACCAGUAUUGGUACAGCUAAGCAAUGCUCCUGAUACUGAUUUGACUGUGAAUUUAGAUCUUUAUGAAUCUAAUGGGGUAAGCAUUUCUACUGAUUCUCUGACUUUUACAGAUGGAGAAAUUUUGUCGAACUUCACGGUAUCAGUGAGUGGUGGCGUUAUAGCACCAUAUGGUUAUAUAAGUAUCUCAGUUAACGGAACUAAUAAAGACUCCUUCUAUCUUCAAAAAACAACUUUGCAAACUAGCGUUUACGCUCAAAGUGGAUCAUCUCUUAUAUACAAUGCUAUUUUAUUAUCUACAAAUAGAACUUCUGCUUCAGUUUUUGUGAUGGCUAAUAGGAUAUGCCAACUCUAUUAUUCGUGGGCUUUAAGGGGAACCAUUCCUCCUACAUUCGAUGAAGUGAGAAAAGGAGGUCCAGCCCCAUAUUCAACUACUCAAAGCGGAUAUGGCUCAGCCAGAAUUUUAUCAAAUCUCAAUGUAACAAUUACCAUCACAGGGCUUACAGCUCAAACUUUUUACUCUUUUUAUAUCUAUUCUGAAGAUUUAUCAGGGUUUGCUAACUCAGAUUACACUCAAUUAAAUUUUCAAACUGAUGUAAGAUACCGAGCAGCAUCAGUAGAACUUGAUUUUGAUCAAUCAUAUUUAACUACAGAUGAUAUAAAUAAAGCUCGAGGAGCAGUUGCUUUAUUAUUAAGUCUAAAUAGCGAUAGAGUAGUUGAAAAAGAAGACAGUGUAAAAACUGACCCAAAUUAUCCGGACUCCCCUUCAAAUCAUAAUAGAAGGCUCGAUACCGUUAUCAGCUCUAGUGUAACCUUUUACAUUUUAGACCAGCCUACAUCAGAUAACUAUGGGAAGCCAAUUUAUAUGACCAAGCUCCUAGCCUCUAACUCCCCCCCUCCGUGAGUGAACAAAAAAAAAUUUUGUUCACUCACGGAGGGGGGGUUAAUUUUUUUUUUUUUUAAAAUAUUUAUAUAUAAAUUUUACAAAAAAUAUUUUUUUUCGAAAUUUAAAAAAAUCCUAAUUCGCAAAAAUUGGAAAGCAAAUAUUAAUUUAAUUUAUAAAAUUUAUGUUUUAAAAGCAAUUCGUUUAAAAUUAAAUAGAAUUAGCUCUAGAUUUCAUUAUACUAAUUAUCAUUUAUAUAUCAAAAUUUUUUUUUCCAUAAAAAAUUUUUGUAUAAAAAAAGUUUUGUUCACUCACGGAGGGUGGGUUUUUGGGCAAAAAAUAGGGAUUUUUCUAAUGGUUUUUGCUCACUCACGGAGGGGGGGGAGUAAGAAAAACCAGCUCAGCUCCAUGCUAACAAAUUUAGAUCUUACCCAAAGCAUUGCAGGAGUCGAAGUUUAUAUGGAGCCUUGCAGUUUUGCAACGACGCCAAGCAUUCUCAGUGCUAGCACUUAUAAUACAAUUAUCAUAAAUAGCGAACUUACAGUUGAUGGCAAUAUUUAUGCUAUUGCUAUUCCUAGGACUAACGAUCCUGGGAUACCUUAUUCGUUUCAAGUUUAUAAUGGAUACAAUUUAAAUAACCGCCCUGAGAUAGCUGCCAAUGUGUCUGUCUCCGCUAAUGAGCAUGUAAAUCUGACAAUUGGGAAUCUUACUGCUGCAACAAAUUAUAGUUUAUAUGUGAUUUGCACAAAUAAUUACCCUGUAUACCCUGAUAUUUUAGAUGAUUCUUACCUUAUUUCCCUCAACUGGACUACUGCUGAUUCCCCAGAUAAAAGGUCAUUGAAUUUAACAGUAUCAUCAGCAUCUUUUAUAAUUGCUUCAUGCUUUUCGAUAUUAUUAAUAUAA